AUGGCAGUACAACGAAUACUUCACCUUGUGGCUGGACUUACGUAUUUACUUCUUGAAUUACCUGCUGAAGUGCGCGCCGCUUUUCCGGACAAUGACCGUGUUCGCUCUGCAGAAGACCACGAGAAUGGAGGUCCGCAAUGUGCUCGACCAAGCUUCGCCCCACAAGAGCAAUACUAUGGGUAUCAACAAUUCUCUUUGGAUCAACUGAAUUCUGGUGUAGCCUUCGGAGGAGAGGCACUUUGCAAGGAAAAAGAGCUUCAAGUCGUGGAUUUCGUCUCGGGGCAUCCCUCUGCCUUUCUGGGCGGAGGUGGGGGCUGCAUGUUGUACUCUCAAGCCGAAGAGGUAGCUUCCGCUUGUCAAAAAGAUAAGGAGCUAAACGGCAGGAUAUACUGCGUGUUGGGAAUGGACGAGCUCCCUGAAAAACCUGAUUUGUCUGACAUAUGUGACUCUCCUCCAUCGAAUUACUAUCAGUUUGUCCUAUUUUAUGACUGCGUCCCAUACUCUGGUCCUGAUUGCUUUAGAGGGAACGAUCAGCCGUUCUGCAGAAUACCGUGUUUGACUCUUUGGAGGCAGUAUCACAGAAGUCACCAGCUACGCGAUUCAUACGAUUCGUUCACAAGCCUUUGGAAGACCUACGACUUUAGUCAACUUCCAUCGGUCGACCCAAGUUCCAUAGCUCGGGUCAAAGCGUGCACAUUCGAGAAACGUUGGGAAUAUGAAGGAGCUGCCCAGAGCGAGUUUUACGAGAUACUGUACGCUGGAAGCUCCAACUUACUGAGGCUUCAAAACAAGUGCGAGAAUUAUGAGCGGUUUUCGCUCGUGCAAGUUGUUGCCGGGCCGAGGGAGCUGCUUGAAAACGGAAGGUCGAUCACCGGUUGCGCCGCAAUGGAUAUCACGGAUAGUGUCAGGAGUUCGUUACCUGAAGCCUUUGGAACUGGAGACGUGCGGAAUUAUGCAGUGUCUCUAUCGGGACUCAAAACGACUCUGGACACCUGCACUGAGGCCGGGGCUUCUUACUUUGUUUCUUGGAGCUGUGUCCCGAAUGUAACCAUGGCGUCGGAGUCCGUUCCUUUCUCCUGUAACAUCUAUCCUGUAAUGACAAAAGCGCAGGAUACCAACUUUCACUCUUGCGCAUGCCCGAAUAGCGCUAAAACUUGCACGGCUAAUGCGGCAGCUGUCAGCCGGAGCUGGAUUGCAAACACUCCACAGAGUGCGACUGUUAGUCUGGCAGAUUACCUUGUCUACAAGACUCCCGAAUCCGGAACUGGUUCGUUGGUUUUGAUGGCUGAUCUGGGUACUGUCUGCGGGGACACAGGAUCUUCGUAUGUAUUAUGUGAGGGGCCAUCGUGCGGAAGGGCAUUUUCAACUUUGGAGGGAGCGACAGAAGAGGAUGACUUGGAAUGCCGAAAGGCGUGCACUGCAAAAAGUAGUGGAGAAUGCGGUUCAACUCGCAACAUCUGGCUGUGUGUCGCUUUAUCUAUUCAAGGUUGUUACGUCCCUAAUACCAGCUCACUUGCAUGCCAUAUUGAGCUACCUGGCCCUGAAGAUGCAUAUAACGGCACUUGCUCUUGCCCAAGCUCUUCGUCAGGCCCUUGCACCUUCUUAGAGGCCGACGCAACCGCGUAUGCGUGGAAAUCUAGUUUAGCACAGUUUUGGAGAGGUGCUAACGGAGUCAUUAUGGCGAAAUACAACCGCGCUCUCUGGCCAUCAACUCCAGCAUCGUGGCGUUACGAAGCAGGGCAUCGGUAUGACCAAUGCGAGAAACGAACGUGGAUAAGAGGCGUCUUCUGUAUGGGUUCCCUAGCACCAGACUGCAGUACCGCAGCGACGCUGAAUCACUGGAAGGCAACCACUUCUUACUGCAAGUACCUUUGUGGGAAUAUUGAGUGGAGGUGCCGCUUCACCAUGGUUGACAACCCGACCUUGUACAAGGACCUUUACCAGUGUUUUGAGCGGCUAAAGGUUGGCACCGUUCUGGAGUUUUGCCAUGUCAAAACGACUGCGAAUAUGGCGGUAUCGUGGAUGCUGGCCAGCGGCACGGAAACAACUGUUCGGUUUGCCCAGCCAGUCUAUCCCACACCGAUUGUCUUCAUAGGGUCGCCUACGCAUAUAGCAGGUAUACCAAGGCUGGGCAUCUCCGAGGUUACGUCCGACAGCUUCAGGGUCCAGGCUUUUGGAGUCGUAUGCGGCGUUCGACCUACGGCAGCUUCGUCCGAUCUGAAAAUUGUGGCCAGCUACCUAGCCAUCCCUCCAGGGCAAUAUGUCACAAAGCAUGCUUCUAUUCGACUUGUGGUCGGAAGCCUCGAAAUAACUGCUGCAGGAGAUUUUCUGUUGCGCGUCCCAUUCACAUUGGCUAAUCCUUCAGAGGCAGUUGUCCUUCUAGAACCUCAAUCUGCCAUUGGGAAAUCUCCCAAUGCAAUUGCAGCUGCAGCUGUGUUCCGCACAAUUGAGAAUAACACGGAUGGAAUCAAAAUUCGCGUUUCAUGCGUAGAGCCGUUUGUGUCGAUCUCCGUGGGUUACUUGAUUGCUGAUAUGUCCUACGACAGCUCUUCAAGCAGCCCACUUGCUGCGUCGCUAGGAGGACGUUCAUUGGCUGCAAACAGCUCUGAGUUCUUUGUGCAGAUCUUUAACUCGAGGGAAGUCGAUCUGGAUGAUAUACAUUUUCCAGCAAAUUUGCCUUCUUUUUUCCCACCCCACUUUUUCCCGCAACUUGCUGGAGAAAGGCCUGACAGUGAGGAAGUUUUUUCUGUACAGUGGCAGCACAAGGAAGACGGCCGUGGUUGGAUCCCUUCAGUCUGGGCUUCCUCAUGCUCUGUGACGGAGGACGUUUUGUUCAAGGUUCCUAAUUCGACUAUACGGUUUACAGGCCUGUACAUCUCUGCCAUUUCGAGCAGCAUCUGCAAUGUCAAGGCCGUUCAGGACCUGCGGAAUAGUGAUGGAAUUAUGAUAGACCACUGUAGAGCAGUUCCGUGUGACGCAGCUGAAAACCGUCCACCUGACGACAUCUCCGAGGAAGCAGAUGUUGGGGAAGCUGUGGAGGAAGGCUUGCCGCUGGUGAAGUGUCGCGUUUUCGACAUGCGAACGCACCCAUCUAACCUGGCGUGGGACUCUGCCUCUUUCACGUGUGGGUGCCCUGGCCUUGCCGUGCCGUGCACCAAAGAGGAUGCGUCGCAAGAUUUGACAUGGGUGCAGGAAAUACAUGCUGAGGGGGGCCUUUGCCACUCUGCGGAGGAAGCAGUGCAGCCAGUCACGAAGAUGUUCUUGCAGCUUGACCAGGAUGCAUGUUCGGCCAACAUGCUGCAGUCCCAUACCUUGACCUGGUCUCAAAGAACAUAUCCAGCUUAUCCAGAUCUUCCGGGAGCUGGGUCUGGACCUCAGUCAGUCAGUGGCACAUACCUGUGUCAGCACACUACUCCGUAUGUGCUCUGUCCAGCGGAUGCCGCCGGAGUGGCGGACGAGGAGGAAGAGACCUCACGCAUCAUCAAACACCUGCCAUCUUCUUGCUUUGUAGGGGAGUGGGGGGAAUGGUCUGCUUGCGACGCAACGUGCCGGGGCCCCUUUCAUUCCCCUCAGCGGUACAGAAAACGCAGCCCCAUUGUUGUUGAAGCUGUUGCUGAAGACCCAGACUGCAUUUUGGAAGAAAAGCAGAGCUGCGGCCAUUCCCUCGAACCGUGCGUAGGCUACUGCUGGACAGCUGAGUGGACAGAGUGGAGCAGUUGCUCGGCUGUAUUAUCUGGAGGGGAGAUUUCUUUCUCGCGGCGGCGAUAUAAGCCGGUUUUAGCUGGCGUAGAUUACUGCGACAUGGAAGCCAUUCAAGAACUUCAAUCAUGUUUGAGACCCGUUACCACAUCAUCUGACGCUUCAAGGCUGUGCUCAACUGCGGAUGGAAUGGAUGAGUGCAAAAAUCUUUUUAUUGACACUCAAUGCUCAGAUGUGGUGGCGACUUACCGAGAACCUGCGUCUUUACGAAACUGCGUUGAUAAGUGCAAAACCGUAGAGGCAAAGUGCAGGACCUUGUCUUCACAAGAUGCUCUAAAGACACCUUUCAAGAGAUGCUUCCUGAAUGGGCUCUCUGAUGCUGGCUUCUUCCUCACCUGCAAGUUUGCAGAGAAGCAGAAAAUAUCACGACCGGCAACUUGCAGGCUAACGUUUACCAGAGUCGUCAACCCGGACGCCGAAUUCAGUUUCCUCACAGACAGUGCUGCAGAGGGAGCUCCAGCAGAGUCACCGGGAGGGCAGUCAUUCAUUGCCCCUAGCUGCGCAUGCUUGGAUGAAGGUCUUGAGCCGUGCACAGCGGAAGAUAUAUUGGAAGACUGGAAAGGCAUCAAAGAUUCAUUUUUGGCUGCCGACGGUCUGUGUUCAGCAGAGGAUGCACUCAAACCGCUCUUUUUGCUGAAAUCAAAUGCUCUGCAUCACCGUAUUACUACUGCAAAAUCAACAGAUGCAAGAAUACCAGAUUGCUCGAAGGCUAUUGCGAAAACUCCCCACGGAGUGGAACCGGCGGAAGCAGACACCGCAGCCUGCAAGAAGUUGUGCUUAGAGCUGAAGGACACCUGCAAGGAUCUUUUGAAAAAGGAAUCGUACGACGUGUGUCUAAUAGAGCCAUUCCAGUCUUCAGAGUUCACUGACAAAUGCGCAUUCACGCAAGAAGUGAAACCGAAGUGUGAAUUCACCGAGUGGAGCGAAUGGUCGGCUUGUACAGCGAGCUGUAUUUCGAGUAUCGCAGGAAGCGGCUCGGCAAUGCGAAUACGGACCCGCGACAUUCUUGAAGAUGGAAAGAAGUCAGCACACUGCAGUGAAUUUUCUUUCUUUGGCACAGUGGAGACAGGCCUUUGCCCUGAUAUUCCUCUUUGCAACACCACCGAAGGAGCAACAGUGGAGUUAAUACUGUUCACGACAAAAGCUCCACCGAAAGUUGAGCCGAUUAAGUUCCAGACGUCAUCUACAACACGCCGCCCUCAAGACCUAGAUGCCCCGCCUGCUAAUAUGACUCUGGAGCAGUGCUCUAUUGAGACAGUGGAUGUAUCGCGAACAUUGAGUGCCUACGAUUUGUCAGCGGACUCCUGCUCUUGCCCUCACGGUUACCGGCCUUGCUAUCGUAAAGAGGCUUUUCUGUCAGUAGACAACUGGAUCAAUGAAGCGUAUGCGUUAUGCGCCGCCACCUCGAGCGCCAUAAUUGGCACGCGUCACUUUUAUGAAUUCAGCUGCGUGCACAGGGGAUUCGUAGACUCCAGUGCUUUCAGUUCCUCUACCUCCGUCAAGGAGAAAGAAACCUACUGCUCCAAGCUGAGAUACAUCUUCUGUGCAAAAAAUGAGAGCAGCGAGGACGCCGAGCACAGCCUAACAUUCGUGAUUGCAUCACUUUGCCUAGGUGUCGUUGCGGGCUUAGCGGUUGCAUAUUUGUCGCUGCAGUACAGCAUCGAUCUCCAGAAACUUGUGGGGCUGAGAGGCCGAUAUGUAGCAGCCACUCUGGAGCUGCAGCAACUCCAGGAGAUGAGAGCGGGGAAUGAAGAGUCGCCGCUGCUUAGGCCUUUUUCCGCAAGGCAGCAACGAAGUUUUUCAUACGAUCUUCGCGAACAUGACAGUGCAGAUGCAGCAGAUGCAGCAGAUGCAGCAGAUGCAGCAGAUGCAGCAGAUGCAGCAGAUGCAGCAGAUGCACUAGGUGCAGCGGAUGCAGUGGAUGCAGCAGGUGCAGCAGAUGCAGCAGAUGCGGCGGGUGCAACAGGCGCAGGGGAUAUAGCAGGUGCAGCCGAUGUAGCAAAUGUGUCAGAUGCAGCAGCUGCUGCAAAUGCGUCAGAUGCAGAAGCUGCAUCUUCUCCAGACAUCGAUGCAGCGGCGAAGAAGGAAUUGUGA